AUGGUCUCCCAAGGCCGAGUCCCGGGGUGGGACGAACUCCCAGACGAGAUCCUGCUCCAGAUCGUGCGCUAUCUCGAGCCCUGCCACAUCACCAACCUGCAGCUCGUGUCGCGCAAGCUUCGCAAGUUCUGUCUCGACGACGGGCUCUGGAAGCGCCUCUGCCUCGGGGACUCGCCCUGGUACCGCUCGCUCCAGAGCCGCCGCGGUUUGUCUGGAGCUCCCCUCGAGUCCGCCGACGGCCCUCGCCAUGCGACGCUGCUGCUGGAUCCGGGCUCCGCGAACAUCCAUGAGUCGGAGCUGCAGGACAUGGCCAACUGGGAUCCCACAUACCCUGGCGAGCAGGUUUCGUGGUACGACGAGUACAUGCAGCGCAAUGGCCCCGUCUGCGUCAACUGGCUCCAAACUCCUCGAAUACACAACGGAGAACGCGAUGCCAUGGCUGAGGCGCGCGGCUUAGCGCUGUACAGUCCCCGCGAUGGGCUCGGCACCAUGCUCGCAGUAUCUCCCCUGGAUGACGGAUCGGUGUGCUUGUGGGACGUCAGAGGCACCCGGGGGAAGCGGGGGGGAAUCGUCGCCAGAAGCAAGCUUGGCAUGCUCACCCUCGACGGGCCGGGCAGCCAGAAGGGUCAAAGGUCUGCCAAGGUCGACACUGGGGUGAUAGAGUGCGUCAGCGUCAACAACAGCGACCACCGGGCCCUUUUCGCCGUUAAGAGCCAUCUCGUCGAGGUCGACCUGCGCCGCUUGGACGUGGUGAGCCGAGAGUCGUUUGAGUGGUCCAUCACAACCCUCUCGGCCGUCCAUGAGGGCGUUCCUCUGACUGUGGGCACGUCGUUGGGAAUCCACCUCCAUGACUUUCGCGCCAGAGCCAGAGUACCUCACGAAGCGAUAGAGCGCCUGGACGGGCCCCAAAGAGGCAAUGCGGAUGUCCUCAAAGCCAUCUUCGACCCCAAGCCACUGCCACCAUAUGCAGCCCUCUCUCAGCCGACGCCCAUCAGCAUUCUUCACCUUCCGCGGCUGGGAUCGCCGGAUCUAGUAUCGGACGAUAUUUACGUGGCUGGGCGGUUCACCAACAUUCUGCAUUACGACCGUCGGAAAUUCCCAUCCAUUGCGGGGACCAUCCACUCUGGAGCGCAGAUCAAGAGCCUGGCAAGCCUGCCGUUCUCGUUCUCACCGCUGGAUACGGAGCUGCGACAGACUCUGAUCGCUGGAGGCGGCUACAACACUAAGGGAUCGCUUGAGAUUUACGGGCUCAGCACGGCCACCGAGUCAGCAAGCCACGGGAUGCUGCAUAACUCGGCGAUGAAGAACCGUCAGACUGCGGCGUCGGCAACGAUCCUGUCGGUCAUCAAUCACGGGACCAAAAUUGUCUUCUCGGACGGCGCAGGGCUUCUGAAGUGGUUUGAGAGGGAUGGCUCGACCGAGUGCCGCCGGGUUAAGAUCGGGCACAGCGACGCCGAGGAAUUGGAUUCGCUGUUCGCGUCGAUGCCGGGCACGGACGACCUGGCGCGCAAGAUGGUAUCGACGCAGCCGAGAGAGGGCCAGGAACGGUCAAACGACGACAACAUCUUGUUCUGGACGGGGGAGAAGCUGGGCAUGGUGGCAGACAGCGAGGAGGCGACGGAAGACGCGGAAAGGAAGCGAGCGUACAAGGAUCGGAUGCGCAAGGCGCUGGCAUGGCAAGCAGACGAGGUGCGAUUCAUGGGCACGCUGGGCAUGGGCAUGGGCAUGGGCGCAGGGUAG